UAUAUAGAGCAAGCUACCAUCCUUCAGUAUAUUCUUUCUUAUAAAUAUACAUCCAAUUGCUUACGCAAGACGUUUAAUGUUUAAAUCAUACAGUGCAUGUAAUUCUGCUGCAAUAAGCGCAUUAUUUUGUAGUAAAUAUAUUUCCGAGAGGUGUAAGCAUGAAUUUCGAAUGGCAUUUGUCGACUGUGUUAUUUACUCUGAUCUCCGGCAUGUUGGUGAAGGUACUGGCCAACCCGAUAACUGGUCGCCACGCAGCAAUCUCCACGGCAGACAAUCCACAAGAAGAUCGACAUGGGCAUGAGGACAUAACUCCAAGUGUUUUCCUCGAGCUGGACCUGGUUGAAAGCACAGAGGGACACUUGGUGUGGACAAACACUAGUCACGACCACUACAUUAGGGGAAACAUUGAACUCACACAUAACGGACGAAUAAAGAUACACAAAACAGGAUACUACUCCAUCUUCUCCGCCAUUUUGUUCGACACCUACUCCGCCAACAUGCGCCCUCACAGGCCAGUGGUUGCCUACCAUGGAAUCAAACUAUACAGGUUUGGUACACAGAAGACGCUUAUAUUCAACAAGACGACUCUAGGCCGUGCCGUGGUGUUACCGAGUCAUACAGGACCGCUGUAUCACCGGCUUGAGGCUGGGGACGAGAUCAAGAUAGUGGUCAACAAUAUAAUCCUGAUAUAUGACUCAGAAUCCAACUUCCUCAACAUCGUCUACAUGUUUGACCACUAAAGAGUAUCUGUAGAAUGACCACAUACAUUGGUACAUUUGUCAGUUCAUCCUGGAAAUUCCGGGGAUUACAUUCAUUUACCUUCUCUGCAAACCUGGAAUACUUCAUGACAAAAUCGAAGGCACGCGGUUACUUUAUCUAAUUGAUUUAAAAUAUGCACUAAUUGCCAGGCUCAUACCUG